GUGUGAGUGCGUUUAUGGACGCGAUGGAAGAAGAACUGAAAUGCCCGGUUUGCGGUUCUCUUUUUAAGGAGCCCAUUAUUUUACCGUGCUCUCACAAUGUUUGUCUGGGGUGUGCCCGAAACAUCAUCGUACAGACGCCGGAGGGGGAGAUUCCACCGCAGAGCCGGAGCUCCGGCACCUCGGACUAUGACAACCUGGAUAUGGAUAAGAUGAGCAUGUACAGCGAGACGGAUAGCGGCUACGGCUCAUAUACGCCGUGCCUGAAAUCUCCCAACGGGGUGCGGGUGUUCCCGCCGGCUCUGGUCCACCGUCACUGCUCCAUCACCUGCCCGCUGUGCCACUGCAGCGUGUCUCUGGACGAGCGGGGGCUCCGGGGAUUCCAGCGCAACCGACUGCUCGAGGCGAUCGUGUCCCGUUACCAGCAAAGCCGCGCCGCCUCCGUCAAAUGCCAGCUGUGCGACCGCAAUCCGGGGGACGCCACGGUGAUGUGCGAGCAGUGCGAUGUAUUCUACUGCACUCCGUGUCAACAGCGGUGUCACCCCUCCCGCGGACCGCUUGCCAAGCACCGGCUAGUGCCACCGAUUCAAGCACAGGGGGGGAGCGCGCAGCCAGCCGGCUCCUCCGCUCGUAAACAGGCGACGUGCGUGGAUCACGAGGUGGAGAACUACAGCAUGUACUGCGUCAGCUGCAAGACCCCCGUGUGUUACCAGUGUCUGGAGGAGGGCAGACACGGCAAACACGACGUGAAGCCCCUUGCCGCCAUGUGGAAACAACACAAGUGUCAGCUUUCCCAGGCAUUGAAUGGAGUGUCUGACAAAGCCAAAGAAGCCAAGGAGUUCCUGGUGCAACUGAAAAACUUGCUUCAGCAGAUUCAGGAAAAUGGGGUUGAGUUUGAAGCGUGUCUUGUCGCUCAGUGUGACUCCUUGAUUGAAGCUCUCACACGGCAGAAGGCCAAACUUCUCACCAAGGUCACCAAGGAGAAAGAGUGCAAACUGAAGACUGUAAAGGAUCAGAUUACCCACUGCACAAUGAGACUGCGACAGACCACCGGUAUGAUGGAAUUCUGUGUGGCGGUUAUUAAAGAGAACGAUCCAAGUGGAUUCCUACAGAUCUCAGAAGCAUUGAUAAAGCGUGUCCAGUCCUCACAGGAGCAGUGGGUAAAAGGUGCUUUGGAACCAAAGGUCUGCCCAGAAUUCGCCUUGACCGUCAACACAGAUCCUCUGAUGCAGUCUAUUCUUCAGCUGGACUUCACCCAUAAUAAAGAUGGUCAGGAGGCUGCAUUGUUGACACAAAAACAUGCAGGUGGCCAGAAAGAGGCGGAGAGCACAGGAGAAACUUCCACAGUACCUCCUGCUCCACUGUUGCAGUUGGAAAAGUGUUGCACAGGGAACAACAGUGUCACUUUGGCCUGGAGGAUAACUACAGUCCAGACCCUGCCUGUAGAAGGAUACAUGCUGGAGCUGGAUGACGGCAAUGGCGGACCUUACCGGGAGGUAUACAUGGGUAAAGAGACUGUCUGUACAGUGGACGGCCUUCAUUUCAACAGUUCGUACAAUGCUCGUGUCAAAGCGUAUAACUCUACUGGUGUGGGAGCCUACAGCAAAGUUGUUGUUCUGAAGACAUCUGAUGUCGCUUGUUUCACCUUUGACCCCACAUCAGCUCACAAAGAUAUUGUCCUGUCCAAUGAAAACCAGACGGUGACCUGUAACAGUUAUGAUGAUCGGGUGGUGCUUGGAACAGCUGCCUUCUCCAAGGGCGUACAUUACUGGGAACUUAGUGUGGAUCGCUAUGACAACCACCCUGAUCCCGCAUUCGGUGUGGCACGGAUUAAUACGAUGAAGGACAUGAUGCUAGGGAAGGAUGAUAAGGCCUGGGCCAUGUAUGUGGACAACAACCGCUCCUGGUUCAUGCACAACAACUCCCACACCAACAGGGCUGAAGGUGGCAUCACAAAGGGUUCGACCGUGGGGAUUCUGUUAGAUCUAAUAAAACACACGCUGACCUUUUUCAUCAAUAAACUGCAGCAUGGACCUAUGGCUUUUGAGAAUCUAGAGGGCGUUUUCAUGCCUGCCGUGAGCCUCAACCGCAACGUCCAGGUGACUCUGAUCACAGGACUUGAAGUUCCAAAGCACAUCAUGUGAUGAUUUUUUACUAAUGAAGCCCCCCCACUGAACAUCGAGUCAGUCUGAUAUUACAUGAAGAGACAGAAGCAAUUGAGACAGCCUAAAUGGAUAGAAGAACUGUGGUGAAUUCUCCAUGAAGCUUGGUACAUCCUGUUUGCCAACAACCAAGAAAACUGUGUCCAGGUGUACAUAAGAGUACUGGGGCUGUUUUAAAGGUGGCCACACCAAAUAUUGAUUUAGCUUUUUUAUGUUUACUGGACUUUGUAUGAUGUUAAUUGAUCAAUUAAAACUUUUUAUGGCAUAAGUCAUCCUCAUUAUGCAACAUUUUUCACAAGUACCUAAAACUUUUGCACAGUAUUGUAUAUGCCAAAAUUAAAGAUGAUGCUUGGGAAUCUGCAUCAGUGCACACUCGAGUGUGAUUGACUGUUUCACUAGAACCCCAGUGUACCCCCAAGCUAAAGCCCAAUAUCAACCAACUAACAUCCUUAUAAAAACGGAAAUCUCAGGUCUAUUUCAUAAUGGGAUUUUUCCCCUAAACUAUAUACACAUCCUUUCCUUUAUUAUUUUUAUUAUAUUGAAAUACACUUACCUGUCAGUGUGACCAGUGACCACCAUCAAAAAAUAAGUAAAAAGUUACAUAUUCCAUUCUGAAGCUCUUUCACCAUACUAAACUUUUGAGGAUUUAAUUUUUUUUUUAUAGCAUAAUUAAUAAAUAAACAGUUUGGAUAAACAGUUUGUUUUUCAGCCCUCAGCGUAUCUCACAACGAAGCUGGUUUUAAGGCAGGGGUUCUCGACCAGGGAGCCCAAAAAAGCCAUCAAGGUGGUUACAAGAUGACUUAAAAAUGUUUAAAAGAUGUUAUAAUAAUCUAACUUUAUUAAAAUGCAAAAAUCAAGAUGUACAAAAUGUAAACAGGUUUCAGUGCUCUUCUACUGCAUGUGACCUUUCCUCUUGCUAAUGUGAUCUUUUUUGUAUGUUUCUGUGGUUUGUAUAUGCCAUAAUUUCUUACUACUUAGUGUAGAAGAAAAACUGUCUUUUCCCUUUUAAUAAACAAUACAAAU